CAGUGAAAACAUUCCCCUGAAAGCACAAGGCAUGUUAUGUAGUCGACCUGACAGCCACUGUUUGUGACUGAAUUUUCAGCAACUAUGAGCAGUUUAAGAUUUAUGCUAAACACAUGUAGGGUCAUUCGAGGAAGCACUUUGAUAUCGCCCCGAAGGUCUCUGUUCGUUACACGACCGGGUUUAACUAAACGUGAGAAUGGUAAACUAGCCUGGUUUAGUCGACAGUCAAGUUCAACUGCUGCUGCUCAAGCAGAGAAAGACGACACCUUUCUGAAGUGGUUUCUGUUGUUGAUACCUGCCACUACCUUUUGUCUGGGAACGUGGCAGUUGAAACGCAGAAAGUGGAAGUUGGAGCUGAUCCAUGAACUUAAGAGCCUAACAACCUCAGAGCCCAUCGCACUUCCUUCCGAUCCCAUGGAAAUGAAGGGGCUAGAGUACAGGCGAGUGAAGGUGCAUGGACGUUUUGAUCACUCUAAGGAGCUGUACGUCUUGCCCCGCUCACCGGUUGAUCCUGAGAGAGAGGCCCGGGAGGCAGGCAGGAUUUCCUCCAGUGGACAGAGUGGAGCUAAUGUUAUUACACCAUUCUACUGUACUGAUCUUGGGAUCACUAUCUUAGUGAACAGAGGUUAUGUCCCAAAAAAUAAGAUCAAACCAGAAACCAGGAUGAAGGGACAGGUUACUGAGGAGGUGGACCUUGUUGGCAUAGUGCGUUUAACUGAGCAGAGAAAACCAUUUGUCCCUCAAAAUAAUAUGGAGGCAAAUAGGUGGCACUAUCGUGACCUGGAGGCCAUGGCAAAGGCCACUGGUGCUGAGGAGAUCCUCAUUGAUGCUGUACUUGAGAGCACAAUACCUGGUGGUCCAAUAGGAGGACAGACAAGAGUGACCUUGAGAAAUGAACACAUGCAAUAUGUAAUCACAUGGUAUGGUCUGUGUGCUGCGACCUCCUACAUGUGGUAUGCAAAGUUUAUCAAGCGUAUUGCUUUAUAAGUUUUUUUUAGCACUGUGUCCUUAUUUAUGCAGUAUAAAAUACUGUUCAACACCACCUUGUUUAUAAAGACUUGGAUUAAUGAAACUGUUGUGUAAUAAAGAUAUGAAUACUUGUC